ACGUAACGCCGUAGGCGCGUCAGUGGAACGUAACUCGUACAACAGCGGGCCUGUGUCUCCACUGUGAGCGCUGCAAUUUUUUGUCUCUUCGGUGGAGGAUUUGUCUCUACAAUCCAUCACCAUCAUGAAACUCGUCAGGUUUUUGAUGAAGCUCAGCCAUGAGACGGUUACCAUCGAGCUGAAGAAUGGCACCCAGGUCCAUGGCACCAUCACAGGUGUUGAUGUGAGCAUGAACACUCACCUGAAGGCGGUGAAAAUGACCCUGAAAAACAGGGAGCCCACUCAGCUGGAGUCACUGAGUAUCCGCGGCAACAAUAUCCGCUACUUUAUCCUGCCUGACAGCCUGCCGCUGGACACGUUGCUGGUUGACAUCGAGCCGAAGAUCAAGUCCAAGAAGAGGGAAGCAGUGGCUGGACGAGGUCGAGGCAGAGGACGAGGACGUGGACGAGGAAGAGGACGAGGCCGAGGCGGCCCAAGGAGAUGAUCACUGGGCUAUAGACUCUCUGGUCACCAACUCACUGUUUUGUACAGGAUUUUUUUUUUUUUCAGAGGAAACGUUUUGUGAAUUUCCAUGUGUCUUUCUUUCUUUUCCCUUAUUUUGUACAUUAAAAUGCUCCUUACGAAAGGAUAAA